AGAGAGAGAGAGAGAGAGAGAGAGAGAGAGGCAGAUCAGGGCAGGAAAAUAUAAUGGAACGAUCAGGAGGUUUCCAUGGCUAUCAAAAGACCAUGACUACCCCAAACACAACCUCUGCUUCUGGGCUGAAGCUAUCAGAUAUCAACGUUCGGCCGGCUGAGAUGAACCAAUACAGCAUGGGGAUGGGGAGACAAACUACCACCACCACCAACGUUAACAAUGUUUUUAACAACUCCUCCUCCAAUGCCAAUACCACUAAUGGCACUGCCGAUGAUAACGAGUGCAUGGUGCGAGAGCAAGACCGUUUCAUGCCGAUAGCCAAUGUGAUAAGAAUCAUGCGCAAGAUCCUACCCCCACAUGCCAAGAUCUCCGACGACGCCAAGGAAACCAUCCAAGAGUGCGUCUCCGAGUACAUCAGCUUCAUCACCGGGGAGGCCAACGAGCGCUGCCAGCGCGAGCAGCGCAAGACCAUCACUGCUGAAGACGUGCUGUGGGCCAUGAGCAAGCUCGGCUUUGAUGACUACAUCGAGCCACUCACCCUCUACCUGCACCGCUACCGCGAGAUGGAGGGCGAGCGCGGGUCCUCCACGACCUCCUUAAUGAGAAGCGAGUCCUUGGCCAAGGGGGCGGGUACUAGUAGUGGUACCAGCAGCAGGGCAAUUGAUCACCACCAGUACUAUGGCAGCUCUAUGGCGGCGGCUGCUGCUGCUUUUCAUCAUCAGCAUGGUCAUGGAUUUUUCGGGUACAUGAACCCCUCCGAUGCGUGGGUCUCCAACAAUAAUGUGAAUGCUGCUUCUGCUGCCGCAGCGUCUGGAUUGUCCACACAGCUCCAGGGUGGUGGUUCUGCCGCAAUGCUAAAUGGUGAUCACCAUCAGCUGCCACAUGCAAAUGGUGCAAACGGUGGAGCGUGAAUGCAUGAAAUGCACUGGAAUGGAAUCACCAGAGUGCUGACUGGUGAACUGAAUAAUGUAAUGUUACGUCGCGCCGUCCUUCGAGUUGUA